AUGAGUGCUUUAAAAGCUAAAAAUAUUAUAUAAGAAAUAACUCCUAUCAAAACAAAAUUCGAAAUUAUUUAGUAGAGUGCUCCUGAAGAUUCUAAGCGUAUUUUUAGGGUAAAAAGAGCAGUAAGUACUUAAAAGAUUCCUAAAUAACUUUAAAAUAGCUUUUACCUGUUAGAUCAACAAUUUGUUGAAUCUGCUAAUGAAAAUUAAUAUUCAACUGAGCGAACGGCUUCAAAGAGAUAAAUUAGUGUGACAGAUUUCCAAAGCUUAGUCUAAAAUGGGGUUUCUAGCUAAAACAGUGAAGGGAGACUUAGGACUUCACCUAAAAGAUCUAUAUAAAAGAUAGUAUUAAAAAAGAAAAGAGCAUUUACUUUGGACGGCAAUAAAAACAUAUACAGCUAAAUAGACAAAGAUGAAAGUUAAAUUCAAGAAUAAAGCAAAAAGAUGCCUCACUUAAGAUCUACAAGUGCUUUUGAUAAAAAGAAUACAGCGUUUUAAAAAUAUUUAAAAAACAUGUAAAUUAUUGAAGAUGCAGAAAAUAAAAAAAAUGCUCUACCAUUAACUUCUGAGUAACAAUUUCAAGAAGAAAUGAAAAAGUUUUAAUUCUUUCUUAACUCUGAAAGGCUAGUUUAAGAUAAAAACAUAUAUGAAGAAUACGAAACUUUAGGAUUAAAUGAGAAAUUAAAGAUUGAAUCAUGUGCUGGCAUGAAUAAAUUGGUUAAAUUAAAAGUCAGAGGAAGUAAGUUUCCAAUAAGAUUUACUGUUUAUACUAACGGAGGUUACUAUACAAUUUACUUUAAAGAUUCUUACCCUUCAACAGAACUUUGUAAUCACAAUUGCGACUAUGAAAUCAAUUAAUAGUAAAAGUUUAUCAAUUUAUACGAUAAACGUUCUUCAAAUAAAGAAAUAAAAUAUAUAUUUUGCAACAUAACCUUCUAGACUUAUUGCUUUAUUGAAAUAAAUGCAAUAGAAACUGCUCAAAUCAAGUCAGUUUAUAGUGCCUCAAAUAAUAUUUUAGAAGCCCUAAAAAAAUUCAAACAAGAAAAAUUAAAAAAGGAAAAAAAAGUUAUGAAUUCAGAGGAAUAUCAUGAUUUUAUGAUGGAAAUUGAGGCUAUUAAACUAAGAAGAAAGCUCAAAUUUCAAAAGAUGUUUCCAAAUGCCUUGGAUCACAUGAAACUAAAUAAAAAAGAUCUUGACAUGUUUAGGUGGAAAAAGGAUGAAAUUUUAGAAAAAAAUAGAGAAGUUAGAUUAUAAAGAACAGAAUAAGCUAUUGAAAAGAAAGAUAUUCUAUUUGAAGAGAGAUAGUAGUUUAGAGAACAGUGGUUGCUGAAAAAUGAUAUGAAAAGAAUUUAGAGAAUAAAAGAACAUAAGUAGUACAUUUUAAGUGAAUGGAUAAAAUUAAUAAAUUUUUUAAAUUUUGUAACAAUAAUUAAAAACGCUCAUAUUACUGCAAAGAUAGUCAGAAUAUUCUCAAAAUCUAUGGAAAAUAAAAUUCAUAAAUUUCUUAAAUAAGGUUUCUAAAAUUUUUAAUAAAUCUCAGUUUAAGAAAGACAUAAAAUAAAUGCUAAAAUGUCUUUGAUCAUGUUUACAAAGUCAAUAAAGAAAAAAGUUAAAGCCAAAGCUGGCCUUUUCAUAAAAAAAGUGUUGACUUAAGUAAAUCAAUAAAAUACUCUCAAACAGAAAAUACUGCAAACUAUAUAGAAAGUUACUAUGAUAUAAACAUUUUUAAGAAAUUACAUGUUUGUUCCAAGAUAAUUUAUCCUAAAGAAGCUCUGGGAUGAAAUUAUCAACGAACUCACUUUUACAGAUAAAAGAAGGAAAAAUGUACUUGGAGAAUUCAUUUCAGACAAUAUAAAUCCUUUUACUUUAGACAAAUAUAUACAUUUUUACGAAAUUAAAGAACCUAAAAAAUGCACUUACACAUAACUGGUGAACUAAAUAGACGAAGAUCUAAAAAUAAAAUUACUUAAAGAGUUUAGAAAAAUGGUAUCUUAAAUGAUUGUUAAGUCUUAAAAUGCACAAACAGAAGAAAAAGAUGACACAACUGAAUUAAAAAAUAAAAGUAAAGCUAAAUCGUAAAUUAAGGUAAAAAGAAGAAAAAAAGCUAAAACAAUAACUAGAAAGAGGGAGCUAACUUAAAUUGAAGAAUCUCCUUAGACUCAAUCUGGACAUUUCAAUAAUUAGCUUAAUAAUAAAAACAGAUCUAAUUCAAAAAUAAUUGAUGAAAUUAAGGGUUAAGAUUCAAUUACUUGCAAGAAGUCAAAUUCAAAUAAUUUUAACAAUGUUAACAAUAAUAAAUAAAAUAACAAUAACGCAUUAAAUGAAAUAAAUGAGUAAAUGUCUACCUCAUCAAUAAGUAUUUAAGAAACGCCUAAUAUGCAAAGCAUUAUUCAGUAAGAUCAAAGUUAAUUAGAAGACUUUUUUUUAAAUAUAAGGAAAUAAAGUUCUUCUAGUGUCUAGCUAAAUAUUCAAUAACAAUAGUAAUAGGAAGAUUUCCAGUAAAAAGCAUUAGAGAUUUAGCGUUUUAAUAGAAAGUUUAUUUAACCUUAAACUUAUUAAGAAAAAAAGAAAUUAGAAUAUAAUAUGAUAACCUUUUCUGGCUUCUGUAAAAAGCUAAAAUAUUCUCUCCUUUAAAAAAUUUUUAAAGAAAUGGAAAGGAUAAGAGUAGAAAAUAAAUGGGAACUUUGA